CGAGGGGAGGGAGGGGAGGAAGGAUGGAGGGCUGUCUACCAUGCACAGCAGAGAAGCUCCACGACGCGCUCUGUUUUAUUUUGAAAGCAGCCAGCCAGUGUAAGUGGCGUGUUUGCGGUGUGUACUGGACUGAGUGGACUCGGAGAGCUGCAGGCCAGCCUGUUGCGCUCUUGGCGACACACUCGGACAAGGAACACGAAUGCUGCGUCAAUGGACGGGGACAGGAAUAGACUUUCCUUUAUUCAUAUCAGGAUUGGAUCCAUAUCAGGCAGACCACUCUUCUAAUUGAACAAAGACUCAUCCCGACGUGCCACCUCUGAGCGGAUACAGCCAUCACGCAUCCCGGGAGACGGGCGAAAGGGGGACUAUCGAGACUGUCAGCAGCAGGUGACGACAGAAGAACGAGGGACAUAAAACUCCAGAGUCUGUCCGCCAGCAUGUUUCAGAAAUGCUCAGCAGCGCAAUGAAAUGAAAGCCUGAGGACUGUCGACAUAUGUGCGUCCCGCUGAACACACACGCUGAAGAGUUGAAAACAAGAGUGUUGUAGGACUGAGCGAGAGCGUGUGUGACCGUACCCUGUGUGUGUGUGUGUGUGUGUGUGUGUGUGUGUGUGUGUGUGUGUGUGUGUGUAUGUGUGUGUGUGUUCUCACACGCUGUGCUGAGGUUUAAGCAUUGAGGAGCGGAGGACUUAAACUGAAGAGUAUGGUUCAACCUUCCACUUCAGCCUACCUGCUGGGAGGCCUUCUGGGCCUGUUUCUGAUCCUGCCCGUUCAGAUGACCCAGACACCAGCCAGCAUGUGCACGCCGCUGAAGACACUCAACGACAGCCUCAGCCACAGGCGACGCUACAUGAAGCACAACUUCCCCAUCAACUACACUAUCAGGGUCCAUCAUAACGAAAUCUUUAAAGUUUCAAGCAUCAGCAAAAUGAAGUCAUAUGUGGAGGGGUUGGAAGAUCUGGUUCUCCAGAGGCUUUGGUUCCAGGUCAACCAAGGCGUGUUAAAAAAGAUCAUCCGGGUUUUGCCAGAGCGACAUCCUUCGCGUCCAUACACCGCCGAGCUGGAGAGACGCUUCAGGGAUUUAGAGGGAGUCUUUGUACAGUCGCAUCCUGCUGAGGUGUUCCAGCAGGAGCUUCCAGAGACUAUCCAGGACACUUGGGAUCGUUUGACAGAAGAGCCCGACAGAGUGCCGCCGUCCAGCUGGAGAUCUGCUUCUCCCAAAUCACUUCUGGACAACCUGUGCCACACCAUGCACUGCCUGUUCAACGAGUGCUUUGACAGCACAGAAGCACAGCGUGACUACUGUGUUGUCUCCCAUCGGAGGAAAGGCAGGAAGAAAGAGCUGGAGCUCAGGAGCUGAGAAGAAGCCAGCGAGGUGAAGUUGUCCCUGUUGAUACGGAUAAGGGACUGGUAUCUUAAUCUCUUGAGAUAAGGGGAGAAGAGGAAAAUGACAAUCCACACUGAAACAAGACAGUUCAGUCCUGAUUUGUGAACAUUAAUACAGCUUAACCUAAUCUGUUAAACAGAGUUACUGUCGUCCAGACAUUCUGAUAAAAGGCACAAAUUUAGAGGACUGAAAUUGUCGACUCAGCUGAAGGAUUUCAUGACAAUUUGGAAAUAAAUGAAGUAACACUCAAGCUCCAGAAAACUUCCACUUCUCACUCAGUCAGAUGUUCAAUGUAUUUGAUUGAUGAAUUCAUCCCAGAUUGAUGCUGAAAAUCUUUCCAGAUUAGUUUAUGUUCACAUAUAUGGGAUCAAGAAACUGUAUAGAGGUGGAUACUUUAAAGAAGGAGGGUUUGGCCUGAACGUGCUCCUUCCACAUUGGAAGGGGGUUAACUUCACCUGGAGUGAGGACAUCAGCGUGGCUUUGUUAAAUCUGCUCCGAUGUGCUCCUGGUUUACCUGCAUGGUUCAUCUCAGAGACCACGAGGAAGAAAACACGAGAGCUGACACAAAGGACUGAUGUUGUAAUGUUUCAGCCGACUACAGCCAGACUCCCCGUCAUGAACAGAUCUUUAAAAGUGAAAUGAAGAACGAAGAAAAGAUGUACCUGAACUGAAGAUGUACCUGAACUGAACUUCAUACUUAAAGGCAAUGGAAUUAUUUCAUCUGCCAAAGGAGGGUACUGCAGAAAACGUUUAGGAACCACUGAUUUAAGGGUGUUAUUUUUCUGUGCUGUACACCCAGAUGCAAUUUAGACUGAGGCCCAUUCAAAACCUUGUUAUCUUUGUUAUUUCCAAUUUCAUGUAUUUUAUUUUAUAUAUUUAUCAUGCACAAAGAGUAAGCAUUGAGCUCCAAACGAUGGUAUAUUUCUAUCUACUACUGCACAAUCUACACAUUUCUGAAUUAACCAUGGGCCUAUUUUAUCUUAACCCAUCCUCAAAGGAAUUUUAUAUCCACAAAGGAAUAUUUUAAUGUCUCUAUUUCAUGUGUAAAGUUUAUAGAGCCACCUUCAGCAAUCACAUCACACUCAGACUUUGCCCCCAAAAGCACCAAAUCAAGAUCAAAUUCAAAUUUCAAUAGUCUUCUGUGUAUCGAUAGUUACAAGGAAAAACACAGUUCCUGAAAAUGUGUGAGAUGACACUAUACCUUUUUGUCUGAUUUAAAAGUCAUACACGGCUGGUCGCCCUUUUCAGAAUUUCAGCUUCUGAAACAUCAAAUUUAAUGUAAUCAAAGCAGUAAACUGGUAACCUGUGUCUAAACUCCACACAGCAAAAGAGACCAAAAAAAAGUUUGCAACAAUUCUUUUCAAACUACCAAUCUUUAACAUGUUUGACUCCAACAAACUCUGACAGAGAUUAUACUUAUCCAACUUUUUUCUGUCUGUGACAGCCCCUCAGGAUACUUCAGUUUACCAUUUUAUUUUGUUCUUCUCUUUGUUAGUCUGCUCAAGGUUAUCUGGUGGCUGUUCAAUGAAAUGUAUUAAGAUGUCAGGAUAUGUAGAAUUCAUAAAGCUAAAUGAAGAGAUUAAUUUGUUAGGCAUUGUGAGACUCAGCCUAUAAAGGAACAAAAAAAUCAGUGAAAAAAAUGCACAAUGAGGGCCUGUCAACAUUUCUUACAUAGAAACAAGUUCUCAUUACUCAAGCUUAUGCACAAACAUGCGUCUAUGAAGGAAACCUCGGGAGACACAGAUUCAUCGAACAUUGGACUGAAAUUGAAAACAUUCCAUCACAAUCACUAAAAAACUGCAUAAGGCAUGAGAAGGUACUACGUGUGUAGAGGAUCUUCACGCACGAUUUAGUAUAGUUUGUUGAUUUUAUGCUGCUCUGGGUGUGUAGAUUUUAUCUUCCAUUUACAGACUUAGACUGAGUGAAGUAAGUAGCCUAACUGUGCCUACCAGACUGAAAUGUUUUCCCAUUUAUUACCAUAAAAGCAGCCAAAUCUACUUGGACUGGAGCCACAUGUCAAAAGUUCACAGAAAAAUCAAGACGUUAAACAUUUAAGAUAUAUUGUAAGACAAAGUACCAGUUACAUUUAGCACACAAUGUGCCGGAGAUAAGUCAAAUCAAUGACUUUGCUAACUUUAAAGGACCAAUAUGAAUCUUGGACACCUAGUGUUUAAAAUGGGUACUGCAGUCCAAGUUCACAAGUUCUCAUCAGAGAGAGCUGUCUCCCCCCACCCCUCCACCCUAGAGUCGAUGCUCACGCAGGUUGCCAUGUGGUGGACACUGAAGCUUCAGUGUUUAGCCAGCUCGGCAUCCCUUCUUGAAACCUCUCUGCGUUUUAACCUUUCUCCGUUUUUCAAAAGCAUCUCCAAUAUUGAUCCUAGUUUGAGCACGUUUCUGCUCGUGGAUCUUAUUAGAAAAAUACUUUUUAUGUUGGAUAGAAUCUGAACCAGUUUGCUUGCCCGCUCCCAUGGGUGCAACACCUGUUGGUUUGCCGUGAUAACUGGUCUCUUAUCUGGUAAAGCCUGACUGAAGUUUCUCAUUAUAUCAUUUUUAUUCCUGAUUUAUAGGUUUUCUUCUUGAGUUGUCAAAGUCAACACAUUUAAAGUGAAACCAUUUAUAAACGAGGAAAUAAACCAAUCAAAUAUCCAAGAUAGCACUCCAGAAAUGUAAACAUGCAUCACAUGAUUUACUAUCGACCACACAACUUGAUGGAUGGUUUCCCUUCUACGUUUCAGAGAUUUAUACCAUAUACUUCUAGUUAAGACUCCCAGGACUGCACUACGUAUACUUUUCAAGGUCUACUGUGUGUGAAUGUUACAGUUUACAGCUGAUGCAUGUUGAAGCCUCCACAGCCUUAUUGUGUAACCCUUUUUGAUGAUGUUCAAUCACUUUGUUGUACAUGUGAUGGGUCUGAGGCUUUGAUGAAAUGUCUGAGAUAAACGUGGUCCUCAUGAGAAGCUCUGUAAGGAUUGAACGGAAGAACAAUAACUAUUGUUGUGUAAUGCUUUCAAUGAAAUCAGUGUACUUUUGUUAAUCAAUCAUAUAUAACCGUAUGAUUGUCUUUUAUAACCAUAAGAGCAUUUAAAGGUGUAAUCAAAGAUCCUUUAUUGUAACAAUAACUCAAUACUUCCCACACCUGCCUUACCAAAACAGAGAGAUUAUGACUAAAAACACACAAUGGUUUGUUGUCUCUGGUCUUUAGAAAUAGAUUUUUUUAUACACAAGAUAUAAGAUUUAUUUAUUUUUUGGAAUGUAUUAUGCCGUUUGACAGUACUUUUAUGAAAGAAAUACAAAUUAAAUAGCUAUUUUUAUCAACUAA